AGAAACAUGUUUAGCUGACAAGGUGAGUUGAACCAUCUCAGAGGAGCAACUUCGGCCUGUUGGGCCUCUUGCACGUCUUCGUGCGGGCUCAUGGUGCCGGGACGCUGGGUCCUAUCAUAGGAGAACUGCCAACAGAGAAGCAGCAGGGCCUAGGGAAGCGCUUCUCAGUGGGAACUCAGCCAGGAUGGGCGAGGAACGUCCCAGGAAGCUGUCCUUCAUCGAUUGUUCGAUGGACCAGAUCGGAACGGCCAUCACCUCCGAAUGGACGGAUUGGAAGUUCAAUGGUCAGUUCUGGUCCACCAUCCUCACAGGGGAACCGCCUAUGGAGUUCCGCCUCAUCGGCAACAGGACCUUGGAGUUCUGGAUUCGCUGUUACAACAGGUGGCAAGACUUGGGGAGAAAGAGCAAGUCGAAGGCUCCCGGCAAGGUCGACGGCCUCGAAUUGGAGAUGAUCCUGAACUUCCCAAGACAUCGACUAAAGGACAUUUGUAAGCUUUUUGAUCCGGCAGGUUACAAGCGCUUGGAGUCCGAGGGGAUCUCUGGACCUGCGCUGGCCAGGAUGAAAGUCUCCAUGGUGAGCCUUUUCACCGCGGGAGUGUUGCUCUCGCAGCUCAUUGCUCCGAAGGACAAGCUGCGCUUCAUCUUCGGCUUGGCGGAUCAUGAUGACAGCCGGACGCUGGACGAGAUGCAGUUCGUGAACUUCAUCACCGCCUUUGUGCGGGGGUUAGGCUCAGCCUUUGGGCUGAUGAGCAAGGAGUCCAUGAUGCCGUCCCUGGAGGUCAUCCGUGAGCUGGGACGGCGGCUCUACGACCGGAUCUCGGCCAAGGCAGCGGAGCGGCUGAUGUCCAUGUCGCAGAGCAGCGAAGUGACCCGAGACAUGCUCAUCAAGGCCAUCAAGGAGCGGCAAGCGAAGCUGGAGAGGGCCCAGAGUUUAGAGGUGGACGAGGUCAACGGUCUCCCGAAAUAUGGCGAGAAUGUGCCCUUGCGGCAAGUCAUCAACUACAAGGUCGUCGAGGCCUGGUGCUUCCGGGAGUUCAAGGACCCUCUGGCCUUGCCUUAUGCUCUGGCCAUCGAGCGCUUCUGUGCGCGCGGCAGCGGCGCGGAUUUGUACCACCUCAAAUCAGAGGAGUGGUUCCUCUCACACAGCGAGGUCGUGGAGGUUCCUCAAGAGGAGUUGGAGACCUCGCGCGAGGUGAAGCUGCCCGACCGGUGGCAGGUGCUCUUCGUCCGGGAUGUCUACGAGCUCUGUGUCGAGGAGGGCAGCUUCCAGCUGACUUUCUCCGAGACGGAGUACGGUCUCCGGCGGCCCUUGACGUUGGAGCUGUGGGAGUUGGUGGCGGAAGCCAUGCAUAAGACCAUGGACGAUGUUCGAGGGCAGCCGACCUUCAUCCAGUUCCUGAAGAAGGCCUUCCCGGGCGCCAAAGCGAAGCACCUCUCCACCUUCGAGUCCUGCGCCCGAAGCAAUUCGAAGUGUCAACAGUACGACGACCUUCAGAAGCGAGGCCAUGAGAUGGACCUCCUCACGGAGGCUGCCGAGCUCUUCGCCAAGAAGAGCAGGAUGCCCGUCCUGCCGGCCGACGACCAGGCUCGCCUGGAACGGGAGUUCGAGCAGAUGGACGUGGAGGGCACCGGCUUCGUGGAGGUGGCGGCCAUCGAGCGGCACUGGGGCUGGGACGACGAGCAGACGCGGAACAUCAUCGCCAAGUGGGACUUAUCGGAUGAUGGUUGCCUGGACAAAGGCGACUUCCUUCGAAUGAUGUGCCCUGACGGCUACCGCCUGCCCUCGAUGCAGGGCCAGGACCGUGACGUCUUCGGCAUGUUGCUGCAGGGCAGCAUCCGACACCUCACGGAGGAGAUUUCCAAAGAAGAGGACCUCUUCGCCGAGACCGACCGCCGCACGAGCCGCUCCGGACGACGGCUGAAGCCAAUGCCCUUCUCGCUGUUGCCGGAGCUUCCAGAUGCCACGUGGAGCUAUUGGAAUGAACUCUUCACACGCUUGGAUGCCGACGAGGACGACCAUGUGCGUGAGCGUGACUUGCUCAGAGAAGGUCUUCUUUCCCAAGAGGUGGCACGGCGGUUGAUGGCGAUUAUUGACCCGGAACACCCGGACAGCUUCACCCGCCGGGGCUUCCUGACGGCCUGCUUGAAAGCGAGCGGCUGCCGACGUGCCGGCUUCGAAUGCGGCCGGUGAAUCGAGCGGAGUGCCGAGAGGCUCCCUCUGGUGUGUAGCUCCAAAAGAGACCUCCCCUGGUGGGUAGGGAAAAUAGAUCAGUUGAUCCAGGGCCAGGUGGUCUCCCUAUUGAAAUACAUACCCAUGUAGACUGUUGAUGAUAUUUCAAGCCUGUGGAUGAAGA